AUGAAGGUCUCCUCCGUCGUCCUAAAAAUGUCCGCCGCUGUUGCGGCCAUCGCGGCAGCACCAGCAGCAGCAAAGAUUCUCAUGGCUGGUGACUCGACAAUGGCACAGUCCUCUACUACCAUUCAGGGAUGGGGUACUCCAUUCGCAAACUACAUGUCUCUCACCGUCGUCAACCUCGCCCGUGGCGGCCGUUCCGCACGUUCCUACACCCGUGAAGGCCUCUGGGACACUCUCGUCUCCCAGAUCGAGCCCGGCGACUACGUGAUCAUUGAGUUCGGCCACAACGACGGCGGCAGCGUAGCAACCUCUGACCGUGCCUCCCUCUUCGGAGACGACACUUCAACCACCACCGUCACCCUCUCCGACGGCACCGUUGAGGUCGUGCAGACCUUCGUCACCUACGAGAAGUGGAUGGUGCAGGAUGUUCUUGCGGCGGGUGGUAUUCCCGUUGUCAGCUCGACCACGCCAAACGGUGACGCGUGGAACGAUGCACACACGGAGGUCAGUGAGGGGAACAGGUUCGUGCCGUACUCGAAGUAUGCCGCAGGCAACUAUACGAGCCAGGGCGCUACUUGGAUCGACCACUAUGGCUGGGUGGCGGUUGCGUAUGAGGAUUUGGGUUACGAUAAUGUAUACCCGGCAUUGUUCCCCAAUGACCACACACACACCAGCCCUGCGGGAGCGGAUGUGGUUGCGAAGGCGUUUGUCAAUGGGUUGAAGUGCACUGGGCACGCGUUGGCAAAUUAUUUGACGGCUGCAGGAACCGCGGUUCCGAAGGUUUGCAGGUUGGUGUCCUCUUCUAGCACGAGCACUGUUGCUUCCUCACCUUCCACUACCACGAGGGCCACUUCUACUACUUCUGUGACACCUGCUGAAUCUACGGGAACUGCUGUAGCUAAAUAUGGACAAUGCGGCGGUGCCAACUAUUCUGGAUCAACUACUGUCUGUGAGCGUGGGGUUGAGGGGUGA